AACAAAAAUGAAUUAAUUGGAUGAGGUAGUCAAGUUCGCCCUCUAUUAAUGUAGAGCUAGAAACAAUCCCAUUACUGAAACUCUUGCAUCCUAUGUUGCAUAGACCAUUCUCAACAAAAGUAUAUUUUCAAAUUAUCCCUCAAAAGGAACAAAUAAAUUUUACCUUGAAGAAAAACUCAAUGAAAGCGAAUUGAACGAAUUGAAAAAUGAAACACUUAACAAACUCAGCAAUUAAAAUGCCCCAGAUCUAAAAACUAUCCAAUUACAAAUAUGUAACAAUCCUUCAUAAUAAUCAAGAAUAUGAUAGUGCCUAUGUCGAAAUGGAAUUGCAAAGACAAGAAAAAAUCAAAAAGCAAUCCAACGAGACUGGAAAAUACAUUGAUGAUGUCGUGACUUUGGAAAUCAAAAAUGCCAAAGAUUUUGAAGGCUUGACCACCCUAUAUACUAAAAUGUUUCAUUAUUUGAUAUACAAGAACAAAGAAUUGAUUGAAGAUCCCAUUAAUUUUGAUGCCCAAGCUCAAUUCAACAUGGACAAAGGUAUUCCUCAUUUUAUCACCAUUCCCAUUAGAAGUUGGAGCCGCUCUGGAAAGUGUUAUCCCAAGAGCCGCCCUAGGACCCUUUGUCUCAUUGAAUCCCUCAGAAAAAGUAACCCAACUCGUCGAAUUGGCUAACCUAGUCAUUGGCAUUAGAUUGUUCAAUAAGAAAAUUGGAAAGGGAGGAGUUUCAUUGAGUUCCUUAGAAGAUCUUACAAAAUACAACGCUAGAGAAUUAUCCGAAUAAAUUAAACAAAUUGCUCUGGAAACAAUAGAAUAAUGUGAAAUCUACACUACAUUCUUCAUCAAUUAAGACAAAUUUCAAAUGAAUAAUGAAGACAUUGAGAAAUAUAAAGAUGAAUUGGCCUUCCUCAGAUAAUAUUUAUCUUACAUCCUGUCGUUGCAAGAGGAUAUCGAGUAAAGCGAAGCCAUGAUUGAGUAAAAUAGAAUUAGAUUCAUUAAGGAAAUGGAAGACCUAAAGAAAUUAUUGGAACAUAAAUCCUCUGCUCCCAAAGAAUAAGUCUAUCCUAAAUUUGCAUUGCUUGCUCAAAGCCAUAUCGGUCUAUUUGAAGACAAGCAAAUAUCAAUUGAGAGGGUGGAACUCUUUCGGUUGUUGGUUGAUUUAAGGAAAAUGAUGAAACUCUCUAUGCCCUUAGCAAUCUAAAAACAAUGUAAAUAAAUGGAAUCAACCUAACCGGAUAAUUUAGCUUUAAUUAACUAUCAACCAGAAUCAGGAGUAUAAAGACUAUUACCUUAAAAUACUCCUGAUUUUAUGCAAACACAACUAGAUUAUUUCGGUUUCUGUAUAUGGUCUGUUGUAAAAAAGAAUGGGUUAUUAAUCCCUGGAAAGCCAUCUUUGGGUGUGUUCAGAUACAGAGACAAGAAUUGUGUUUUUAGCAAUGAGAUAGCUAUCAAUGAAUUCUUGUCAGAACCACAAAGAUAUUUAACAGGAGUGAUUGAUAUAUGUAGACAGAAACCUCAUCUCAUCAGAUUGUUUAGAGUGGAAGAGAAUUUCAAGAAUCUCAAUCUGAAACUAACAUUCGAGAGUGGAAGUUUAUUAUCUAAUAAAUUGAUGGUUGACAAGGAUGUGUAAACACCUGUUCAUUUUAUAGAAAAGAAUCUUGACCCAAAUUACUGUUGGAAUGAAUGGGAAUUGAGAAGAAAAGUAUUUAUCUUAACCAAUACUAGGCUAUAUAAAUGGCAAAUAUCAGAAAAAGAUAGACCAAAGCAUCCUAAACUAUAUUAAGUAAUUUCAAAGUCGAUAGUGAAGUAUUUCUAUUCAUUUUAUAUUAAUAGGCACAAGUAUACGAAAUGAAGGAUCAAUCAACUUCAACAGGUUAAAAUAAAGGAUUAAACCCAUUAAGACCAAGAAAUUAUAUAGUUGGUCUAAGAGAUAAAACAUAUAACCAGCAAUGA